GAGAGAGAGAGGGGGAGGAAAGGGGAGAGACGGGUGGGCAGGCUGCUCGCCGUAAACGAUGGUUGUCGGAUAAAGAGUCUUGAGGAGCUAAUGAAACUGGCCGCUUGAAUUGUUUGCAGCCAUUAUAGAGCCCAGUGGCCCCGCGUGCUCCGCAUCCAUCGGUCCCUCGGAAGGAAAAACCGCAGCCGCGCGCAGAUACAGUUGUUUUAUUUCUUUUUUUUUUUCUUCUUCUUCUUCUUCUCUUGUAAGGACUUGCUUACUAUCUCUUAUUUUACCACCGUUCGUACUCUUAGUUCUCCCCCAGUCCGCCUUUACACGUCAGCAGCAGUCAACUCUUUCCCUGCGGACGAGGACCGUUUCAUGCCCGGAGGAAGACCGACCCCCCGCUCGGACCCGCUACCGGCCUCGCGCGCUCCUCCGGCGGUCUCAGAAGCGGCAGUUCCCGGCAUUUGCUGGGAUGUUUGAGUCGCGUUGUUUGGUGGGGUGAAGGGACCGAGAGCGUGGUCGAGACAGCGAGCGGACCGGGGGGGCCGAGCGAGGAGGAGGCGGGAGCAUGGCUCUGGUGGCGCUGUCUCUCUGGGUGCUAACGAGUCUCACCUGGGCGGACGUGGUCCAGGUGACCGCCAACAGGCAUUCCGUCUACUGGAACAGCUCCAACAUACACUUGCGUCGGGAGGGCUACACCAUGCAGGUGAACGUCAACGACUACCUGGACAUCUACUGCCCCCACUACAACGACAGCCAGCGCGGCGCGGGCAGCGGGGAGCAGUACGUCCUCUACAUGGUCAGCUAUCGCGGGUACAGGAACUGCGACCCCCAGCUGGGCUUCAAGAGGUGGGAGUGCAACCGGCCCCACGCCCCCCACGCGCCCAUCAAGUUCUCCGAGAAGUUCCAGCGCUACAGCGCCUUCUCGCUGGGCUACGAGUUCCACGUGGGACACGAGUACUACUACAUCUCCACGCCCACCCAUCACCACGGCCGCAGCUGCCUGAGACUACGAGUCUACGUCUGCUGCUCCACAGCUUCUGACGCAGAUGAUGAGCAGGGGCCUACAGAACCGGACUACACGCUUCGACCAGGCCUGAAUAUCAACGAUAUCGAUGAAUUCAACCCUUUUGUUCCCAAGCUGGAGAAGAGUGUCAGCGGAAGCAGCCCAUCCAGGGAUCGCCUUCUCCUCACCGUGACGAUGCUCUUUCUGGCCGCCCUCUUCAUCUCCUAGCAACGGCCAUCCCAUCAGCGUCACCAUGCCAACUAGCCUUGGGAGGGUGUACAGUAUCGGCGGAUGGGAGCGUUGAGGAGAGAGAGGGGGGGGGACAGGAGGAGAGGGGCAGAAAGCGAGGAGAGUUAGGAUGCCAGAAAUAGAGCAGAAGAGGAGCAAAGAAAUGAGUGUUUUCAAGCAUCACAGUGUGAAUGUGUGUGUGAAUGUGUGUGUGUGUGUGUGUGUGUGUGUGUGUGUGUGUGUGUGUGUGUGUGUGUGUGUGUGCGCUCGUACAGCUGUGUGUUUGAGGGAGGGUUGUUUUGGUGGAGUUGAAAGACCUUCAGGCACUCUGACACAGACUGAACCGUAUGUCACGUGCAACAAAGUCAGCCUGUGCAUACAGAUACAGGUGUGGUAGACUGUGUGUGUGUGUGUGUGUGUGUGUGUGUGUGUGUGUGUGUGUGUGUGUGUGAGUCUGCACAGGCCAUAGUUUGAGCUUGUUGAAUCGUGCACACCACGCAAAGCAUUUAUACACCAGGAGAGGCGAGGCUGAAAUCCAAGCAAAAAGAAAAAGGCGUCAAAUCCACCCACCCAAUUGAAAACCAUUCGAAGACUUUCCCCGGGAUCCGAUUGGCUGAAACACUUCCUUAGCGGUAGUUGCCAUAGUUUCUUGCACAAGAAUUAAACUGACCUCAAAUGAACUGAAUCAGAUAGAUUUCAUCACAAGUGAACAGUGAUUGCCUUUUUUUUUGUCGUCGUUGUUGUUGUUGUUGUUGAUCUUGAUGUUGGGAACUUGGGGGGAGAAGCAGCUGAUGACCUGUGCAGGUCCUGUGUAGGAAACUAGUCAAAGUAGCCGAUAGUUCCAGAGCCAAUCCCGGGAAUCCAGACGCCUCCAGUGUUUGAGUUGUCUACUCUCUCCCGUCUGUAUCCUGCGCUCACCAUCGGCCUCCAGCACUCUAAUGAAGGCAGCAGGACCGGACGGGGGUCAGAGCGUUUAAAGCGACGAUGUACUGUUGACACAGAACACUGCAAGGGGUUUGUUGCUGCUGUAAGUCUGCUGCGUCACUCCUCCGUCCCGCCUUGGAGGUACUCGGUUGGUCCACCGUCGUCUCCGGGGGGUAAAAGAAUCACACCGCGGAGGCGCUCAGCAAUACUGCCCAACAUUCACCCCGCCGGCUGCUUGGAGGAGAGCGAGAGGAGCGGGGGAGGAGGGAGGAAGAACAGUCACCCGCGCGUCCUCUGACGGGUCCAGUCCCGGACAAUAGGAAGCUCUCCACUGAUCAGUGUUAGCGUAGCAUUGCACUCCACCAAUCUCAUCUCUGUGAACUAAUAAAUAAAAUAAAAAAACACAUCAAAAACGCAUACUAAAGCAACAAGUAAUACAGUACAUACAAACCAAGUGCAUUGGUGGGGAGGUACGGCAAUUCAAACCUUAAAAACAACUGUACCAGUCGGGUCCUUCAGAAUAGUGUUUCCAUAGCAACUAGCACCUUAUUCACCAUGGUUACCCAACUCUGCCAAACGAUGGACUCUAGUAGGCAAUGGCUCACCAUAGUAGCUGAUAACAAUGAGGAUGAUGAUGACGAAGAUGAUCACAAUGAGGACGACAAUGACGAUGAUGGUGGUGGCUAAUCGACGAGGUCACGCUAUGGCUCCCCCACUGGCGCCUGAGGCGUUCAAGUACUUGUGUAAAUGUCGUAAAGGACAAAGAAUGGAACAACAAUGUCUUGAAAUUUGCCACGGUGAAAUGUUAUGUAAGCAUUUUACAAACUGGAAACUUGUGUUUUUAUAUACAUUUUUUUUUUUUUAAGUUUACUGUGGUGUAUUUUUGGUUAUCUUGAGAGGGGAGACGGGGGGUUUAAAGUUGGGGGAUUGGGUGGUUUGAGCCAUAUGUAAACUUGUGUUGCACUCUGUGAGUCUCAUUGACAAAUCUGACAGAGCUUUUGGUUCUCAACCGCGUUGGCUUGUGACCGAUUUAACGGCCCCAAUUAUACACGUUAUAAAAUCGUUUUUUCAAUCCGAGAGAAUGAUCCCCAAACAAAAGGGACAUGGAAUAAUUACACUUCCUGAAGAGGAAAGUCAGUGACGUUGGUCUGACUGAACACGUUUCCAGCAGUCCUCCGGUUGUCCCUCAGGAGAACACUGAUGGGUCAACACGCGAGACGCCGGCGCAGCCUUCACCACGUGGAGGGCCGUUAGGAGGCAACAGAAAGACUCCACAUCUCCUAUUCAGCACCUUUUAAGCAUUUCGUGAUGAGUCACAUUCAUAUUUCUUAACCUCCAAGGGAGGAACCAGCUUACAAAUAUUAGUUUUGGUUCUGGGAAGAACAUUUCCUGAAGUUUUUUUGGAUGAAUAAUGAGUGUAUUCCACCCGGUUGGGAACAAGUGAUAUGUGUAUUUCGUCUUUAGGAGUGAAUUUUCUUUUCAUCAGUGUGCGCUUGCGGUUUGCUAGUAAUGUGGCUUUUAUUUGUCCAAAUGAAUGUGUCCGUUUUGGGGAUCAUUUUUUUUCAACCAAACGUUAAGAGACGGCCCCCCCAAGUAAACAACAAAAGCAACCAGACAUGAGAAAACCUUGUGGUUUUGGAGCAUCAUUGAGAACGUUGCAUUAUAUGACAGAAAGUGAGCCAACCCAGGUGUAUAAAUGGCUCUUUGUGGGAGGGGCUAGGUAGGAGAGGUUUUUGGUCCUGGUGUGGACGGGGAGGGUUAACCACCGCUCAAGAAGUUGCACUUAAGAACUUACACGAGAAUAAGAAAGUGUGCCGGUGUGUGUGUGUGUGUGUGUGUGUGUGUGUGUGUGUGUGUGUGUGUGUGUGUCAGUCAGGGAGAGUUAAGAGCUCAUUUCUGUUGAUCACUUCAUAUCUGUGUGCAGGAGCUCUUGAGUGCAGAUGCUGUCUGUCUUUGUGUGUGUGUGUGUGUGUGUGUGUGUGUGUGUGUGUGUGUGCGCGUAUGAGUGAGAGAGGGUGUUUUUUUUGGUCUGGCAAAAGAAAAAAAAGCAUUUAUUAAUGUUGGAAACAACAAUUACAAUCAUGUUUACCUUCGACUGGAAUGACUUUAAAUGAACUUGAAAAUAAACUGUAAACUGAACAAACCAUAACAGAGGUAAUAACAAUGACCAUGAUAACAAAAUAAUAAGCUUACAAAUCUUACUUUUAA